AGAUAUGUUUUAAUAUAUUACCAGUAAUUAAAAAAGUAAUAUAUUUGUAUGUAUGACUUUUUAAAAUGAAGUUUGAACAGAGCCAACAGAAUUGUAACCACACCACGCUGAACAGUAAUUUUUUAGUGGAAAUGCUUCACUGCAACCGUUUUGGUUUACGACUACACUGUGAUUUAUUACUUUUUAAAGGUUUUCGUUAUGUGUUUUUUUUUGUUUGUUUGUUUGUUUCGCACCCAUUUUGAAGCCCUGUUAACAUGUUGUCAUGAAACAUUGUUAUUCUUUCAGCCUUUAAAAAAUGAACAAAUGACUGGAUCCCGUCCCAUGCCCAGCCAAAUGAUGAUAAGAGAAAUUGUCAUUGUGCGCCAUCCUGUCUCCGUAUGUGUACCUGUGAACCAUAAGGUGACUCUGCGUGUCCGUGCUGAGGGCACGGGCAUCCUCAGCUACCAGUGGUUCACUGAAGAUGAAAGAGAAGUGCCGGGUGGUACUCAAGCAGACCUGACCAUCAGAGCACAAAAAACUCAGCGCUUUGUUUGCAGAGUGAAUGACCACUUGCUUAACUUUGUGUUCAGUGACUGGGUCAAGGUGAAGGUACUGGACAUUGAUAAAUCAGGUUUGCCCAUAGAUUGGCAGGGUGAGCCACAUAUUGCUAUCAACCCUAAAUCACAGAAAGUUAAACAUGGUGCAAAACUCACUCUCCGCUGUGCUGCCUUUGGCAUCCCUGCUCCACACUACCAGUGGCACAGAAAUGGACAGCCACUGCUGGACAAGACUAGUGACACCCUGCAGAUUGACUGCGUGAAAGCUGAGCAUGCAGGCUGGUACCUGUGCUCAGUAUCUAAUGUGCUGGAGGAAAGAUGGACAGAACCGGUACAAGUUGAAAUUGUGGAACCUGUUCUGGCUCCUCCUGCACAUCUCACAGCCACUGAUAAAGUUGCCCUUCUUAUUGGCAACCUGAAUUACACCAGCCACCCAGGCUUGAUGGCACCCAUCAUGGAUGUCCAUGAGCUGGCCAACCUGCUGCAGCAGCUUGGUUUUAGAGUUGUAUCUUUACUGGAUCUCACCAGAGAGGAGAUGCUAGCUGCUACUGACAAGUUCAUUCAGCUCCUUGACAAAGGAGUUUAUGGCCUUUUCUACUAUGCGGGUCAUGGUUAUGAGCACGCUGGGAGGAAUUACCUGGUAGCUGUUGAUGCUCCACAACCGUACCAGACUGAAAACUGCGUCUGCGUGCAGAGGGUCAUGCACCGAAUGCAGGAAAGACAGACUGCACUGAGUGUAAUCCUGCUGGAUACCUGUAGAAAAUGGUACAACCAGGAUUGUGUGCCAUCAGCUAUCACGCCACUGGCACCGAGUGGAAACACAGUGUAUGGUUAUGGCACAUGUGAGGAUGCUGAGGCGUUUGAGGUUCAGGAUGGGGGGAAAAGUACUGGAAUCUUCACAAAGUACUUGAACAGGCACAUCUUGCAGUCUGAGAAAGUCACUCAUGUCCUGGAGAAAGUGUCGGAGGACCUGGGUAGGGAUCCUCUAAUCACAGGCAAGCAGGCUGUGGAGAUCAAACACACAGUGAAGGAACCUCGAUCCCUCGCAGAUAAAGUUCGAACCACUGGUCACACAAGGGAACUACAGCUACGAGAUGUCUACUGGAAACAAGCAAAUGAGCUACCUCGAAAGAAGCAUCUGGUGUUUCAUUGUGGGGUAGAAGUGGAAGUUAGUUUCUCAGCUUUGUUCUCUAAUGUCUUGGUAGCUUUUGCUACUGUCAAGCCUAAAGGCAACCACACCCUGGACUGCACUGUCACACUGAGCAGCAUACCUUCAAUGGAAGACAUAUUUUCCCAGCCUGGCAGGUCAGUGGAGAUGGACUCACUACUAUUUAAUAAAUCUCAUAGCCCAGACUGUACUCUCAGACUCUGCUCUCUUCAGAAGUUGAAGGAGUCGAUAAUCAUCAAGGUAGAUUUACACUAUACUCACAUGGACACCAAGCUGCGCCACACAGAAAGCCAGCAGAUUGACAUCGGAAAGCCUCUGGUGGCAUCCUGUCAGCUGUACAGGAGGAAACAUGCAGCAAAUGACAGGAGACAAGAAAGUGCUUCAGCUCAAAGUAUGGGCAACAUGUCAAACCACAAAUCACAACAGCAUCAGACUCUGGCUGGCCCGCAUCGCCCCUACACUAGAAAAGCAGUGUGUACUGCUAAAACUGGGAUUACACGAAGCAAUGAACCUGAAGAGAAUGAUGAGAACGAGCUGUAAGAUUUCUCCCUUUCACUUGAGAUCUUUCUUGUCCAAUUUUUGUCAAUACUAGCUGAAGAAUCUGGCGUUUUACAGUUGUUGAUCAUGCAUCUUAUUUGACUGUGAGUAAUGAUGAAUGAGUGUGUCAGUGAGAGAGGUUUCUUUUUGUUACACAUUAAGUUUUUAAUUCUUAUCUAAGUACUGAUAAAACAUGUAAACUGUAAAUAUAUCUUAAAAUUGUCAUUCUUAUAAGACGUGCCUUGUGUAUGACACUUUUUCUAGUGGCAAGCUGGCUAGCCUAAUUUAUCAAAUGAGUAAAUAGCUCAGUAAUUUAUCCAAUACAACUUACAACUUACUUUAUCAUAGUGUAUUAUUUUUAAAAUGUCAAUAUUUUGUUUUGCUUGGUUUCAAAUCAGUGCUCUAAUAUGUCUUCAUGAGGAACUGCAAGUUUAUUAUUUCACUGAUUGUUAGUUGACAGUGGUGCUGUAAAAGAUUAGUUUGAAUCACAAAUUAAGCAUAAAUAAAUAAAAGCCAUGGUAAUGCAUGAAAGCAGCUUUUGAUACAUUUUGAUUCAUCACCCUUUUUCAUGUCAAGAUCUCUCAUUUCUUUGUGUAGUCUAUUUAUGACAGAAAACAUUUUUAAUUAAGCUUUGGUUGUGGGAUGGUUUUUGAUACCUCGAACAUUGUUGUUCAGUAAAUGGUACCUAACAAGAUAUUUCAAUAACAAUAAAAGUUUAAGUCUU